AUGGCGAUGGAAAUGAGGCUUCCUACGGCUCGCAAACCUCUCAGCGAGACUCUGGGCCGCGACUCUAAGAAACAUUUGGUAGUACCGGGGGACACGAUCACCACGGACACGGGCUUCAUGCGGGGCCAUGGGACAUAUAUGGGGGAAGAGAAGCUCAUUGCAUCUGUGGCUGGUUCUGUGGAGAGAGUGAACAAGCUAAUCUGUGUGAAAGCUUUGAAAACCAGAUACAAUGGAGAAGUAGGAGACAUCGUGGUGGGGAGAAUCACAGAGGUCCAACAGAAGAGGUGGAAGGUGGAGACCAAUUCCAGGCUGGAUUCCGUCCUGCUCCUCUCAUCUAUGAACCUGCCUGGAGGGGAGCUGAGGAGAAGGUCUGCAGAGGAUGAGCUGGCCAUGAGAGGAUACUUACAGGAAGGGGACCUCAUCAGUGCAGAGGUCCAGGCAGUGUUCUCGGAUGGAGCUGUUUCUCUGCACACAAGGAGCCUGAAAUAUGGAAAGCUAGGUCAGGGAGUUCUAGUCCAGGUCUCUCCUUCCCUGGUGAAAAGACAGAAGACUCAUUUCCAUGACUUGCCGUGUGGUGCCUCAGUGAUUCUGGGUAACAAUGGCUUCAUAUGGAUUUACCCGACCCCAGAGCACAAGGAUGAGGAUGCUGGCGGCUUCAUUGCAAACCUGGAGCCAGUAGCCCUUGGUGAUCGAGAGGUGAUCUCCCGGCUUCGGAACUGCAUAGUCUUGCUGGUAACUCAGAGAAUGAUGCUGUAUGACACCAGCAUCCUGUACUGCUAUGAGGCCUCCCUUGGGCAUCAGAUCAAGGAUAUCUUAAAGCCAGAAGUAAUGGAGGAGAUCAUGCUAGAAACACGCCAGAGGCUUUUGGACCAGGAGGGAUGAGGCCAGGUGCCGAAGGAUGGGACUGUGCACCUCUCUGGAGCAGUUUUGGGUGGGAAGUCAGCUGUGUGCCCCCACAUGUGGCCCAGGGAGGAUCUGACAAGCACAUUACUCAUCUGUAGCAGCGCAGUGGAGCCAGGACUGUUCUAUCCUGUCUGGGACAAAGCCAGGGUGGAGGCUAAUGGUGGCUUUGGAUGCUUGGGUCCCAGUACAAGGGUUAGUUUUAGGUCUUUCAGAGCACAGUGUCCCAGUCUGAUGACUUACCUUGGAAUAACUUGGAGAAUUUAUGUCUUCCAGUCAUGCUACACAGUGCCCUGUGAAAUUGUCUGAGUAGAAAACAUGGUGGGCUGGGGAUAUAGCUCCUGGGUGGAGUACUUUCCUAACAUGUGCAAGGCUCCAGGUUCAAUUUCCAGCUCUACCUCAACCCCAGAAAGAUGAAAACCAAAGAAGAAAGACGUGGCAUUGCCAGCAGCAAUGGUCAGUUUUGACUUCCACCCCAUCAUUUAAUGCACAAGUGUGUGGCUGAAGAGAAGGUGGUAGAGCUAGGUCAGCAGUCAAAUGGAUAGAAGAAUAAAGUGAGCCAGCAGCCUUUGCUGGAAUCUGAUUCCCACUGUAUGUUCCUUCUGGUGACAGGUUCUCGAGAUCCAUACCCUCUGCCUGGGCUUCCUUCCCCGUGUGUGUGAACUGUUCCUGUCCUUUAGCAUCUAAGGUCCACCAACAGGUCCACCAGCAAGAAAUGGCCUUGAGACAGCCUUAAGGAGUGCCUGAGGUGUUCCCUGAGAUAUUGCAGUUUUCUGUGCAGUGCUUGUACUGCCUGCGAGGGUGGUGUGUAAGAAGCCGAGCUGCAGCUGAUAACUGAGAGAAUGAAUGUUCUGGGCCCACAGUGCUUUUUGAUGCUCUGACGAGAAAACAAAAAUGGAUUGGAAAAAGCUAAGUCCUUUCCUUUUGUAACUGACAUGGUGAUGUAUUAACUUUUGAAUAAUUAAAAGUUGAAACAGGGUACAA